AUGCAGAGAAAGAACCUCACAGAGGUGACAGAACUUGUUUUCCUGGGGUUCUCCAGAUUCCACAAACAUCAAAUCACUCUCUUUGUGGUUUUCCUCAUCCUGUGCACAUUAACUCUGGCUGGCAAUGCCAACAUCGUGACUGUCGUCCACAUUGACCGUCACCUUCACACCCCCAUGUACUUCUUCCUGAGCAUGCUAGCUAGCUCAGAGACAGUGUACACACCGGUCAUCAUUCCACAGAUGCUCUCCAGCCUCGUAGCCCAGACCCAGCAAAUCUCCCUAGCAGGUUGUAUUACCCAAAUGUUCUUCUUUGUUACUUUGGCCAUCAACAAUUGCUUCUUGCUCACAGUGAUGGACUAUGACCACUCUGUGGCCAUCUGCAAUCCCCUGAGAUACAUGGUCAUCAUGUGCAAGAAGGUGUGUGUCCAGCUGGUGCGUGGAGCCUUUGGCAUUGGCCUGGCCAUGGCAGCUGUCCAGGUAACAUCCAUAUUUACCUUACCUUUUGGUCACAGGGUGGUUGGUCAUUUCUUUGACAUCCUCCCUGUCAUGAAACUCCCCCGUAUUGAUACCACCAUCAAUAAGAUACUCAAUUUUGUUGUCAGUUUAUUUGUCAUCCUGGUCCCCAUGGGUCUGGUCUUCAUCUCCUAUGUCCUCAUCAUCUCCACUAUCCUCAAGAUUGCCUCAGCCGAGGGCCAGAAGACCUUUGCCACCUGUGCCUCCCAUCUCACUGUGGUUGUUGUCCACUAUGGCUGUGCCUCCAUUGCCUACCUCCAGCCCAAGUCUAAAACUAUAGAACAAGACCUUGUUCUCUCAGUGACCUACACCAUCAUCACUCCCCUGAUGAACCCUGUUGUUUACAGCCUAAGGAACAAGGAGGUCAAGGAAGCCCUAUGCAGAGCUGUGGGCAGAUACAUUUCUUAA